AUGCCGCCUUCCUUCUCAUAUCUUUCCUCCCGUGCGGCAGAGUCGGCUUUCGGCGGCGCAGCGCACAUCCUCGUGGCCUGCGCGGGCAUGGGCAUCGGGACCUACCCGUCCCUCGCCAACACCGCCACCGCGGACUUCGACAGCGUCUUCGCCGUCAACACCCGGGGCGCGUUUCUGUGCCUCCGCGAGGCGGCGAACCGGCUGCGGCGCGGCGGCGGGGGCCGGAUCGUGGCCGUGUCCUCGACGCUGGCGGCGACGCUGCUCCCUGGCUACGCGACGUCCAAGGCGGUUGUGGAAGCCAUGGUGAGGGUAGCCGCCAAGGAGCUCGGAUCGGGGCGGGUGACGGUGAACUGCGUCGCGCCGGGGCCCGUGGCGACAGAGCUCUUCUUCGAGGGGAAGAGCGAUGAGGCGGUGGAGAGGUUCAGGGCCGGGCACCCGAUGGGGCGGCUUGGCGAGGUCGGCGACAUCGCGCCUGCGGUCGGGUUCCUCUGCACCGACGCGGCCGAAUGGGUCAACGGUCAGGUUAUUCGGAUUAACGGCGGCAUUGCUUACCGUGUCUCUGUUUCUCUGUUUCUUCCUUUCAAACGGAUGUCUCCGAUUUGUUUAAAUUGA